AUGCACGUUAUACGACGCUUAUUACUCCGGCAACGGCCCCAACCAUCGCACCUCGUCAUCCCCUUGCUUCACUCAACAUUCAUUUCAACAUGGCCAUCACUAAGACAGGGCAAAAAGGUACGCCCCGAACUACUCUACCCUGAUCCUCCAACAACACACCACCGCGAUCUCGCAUCCUUUCUCGCGUAUGCGGAACGCACCGGUCUCGACGUUGCAUCAACAGUCUACGUCGGAACCCGUUACGAGUACGUAGUAUCUUCAACCCUCUCGCAAUACGGCAUCCAGGCCAUCCGGGUAGGCGGAGCCUCGGACAAUGGCAUCGACCUCCUCGGUACAUGGAACGUACCCUCUCAGAAUCAACCUAUAAAGGUCAUUGUGCAAUGCAAGGGAGGCGCCCAGCGUGCCGGUCCCUCGCUAGUCCGGGAGCUGGAGGGCUCCUUUAUCGGCGCUCCUGUCGGGUGGCGCGGUAGCGGCGUCGUUGCGCUCCUAGCCAGCGAGAAGACGGCGAGCAAGGGCGUUCGAGAGGCUUUGGGCCGGAGCCGCUGGCCGAUGGGCUUUGUCUCGUGUUCCAGUGACGGGACUGUACGGCAGAUGCUCUGGAACCAGCGGGCGGAGGAGGAGGGGCUGAGAGGACUAGGGGUUACCAUGCGCCAUGCUGAGGCUGGAAACGGCGAGUCGCAGAUCGUCUUGACGUAUAACGGCAAGCGAGUCCGCAGUGUUUCCAAGACGGAGGUGCUGGGUGUUUGA